AUGAGUCAGGCCCUGACAUUAGCGUUGACCCUUGAUGACCUCCAGGCAGAGGCCGACAGGCGCAACAAUCCCGUGCUCACCCCCUCGAUGGAAGAGGACAUCGCGUACAUUGAAGCCUUGUACAACUCCGGUGCUAAGCUAUGGACCAAGGAGAUGUUCGUCUCGGCUGAGGCUGAGCUUGCCAAGCAACCCCUUCCGAGGUUUAUUGAGCUUCGAAGCAUGAACGGCAAUUUCAGGCAGAAGCGGCUUCCGCGGGCACCACCAGUCUCUCCCCAACGCCCUGGAGGAGGCUCCAUGGGCCGCCCGCUGCCUUACAUCCGGUACUUCCUUUACCAAGACCUCAAAGCCAUCGUCAGAGAGGAGGAGCAUGACCACAACCUUGGCGAAACAGUGGCAACCCUCAGUGACGAGACAAGACGCACACUGGCCACUCGCGCCAUGUCCAUUUCGCUCAUCAGUUAUGCUCCCUGCUCUAUCAACUACGACAGGAUCCGAGGGGAAUGGGAUACCAUCAUGAACCAUCAUUGGCCUCUUAGCCACACAUGCGCAGAGAUCACCAACGUUCUGGCCGAACAAGCCGCAAUCUCAAAGAAUAUUAACAAAGUAGUCUGCUUCGGACUUGGAAGCCUCGGCUGGUCAAUUGAGAUUGAGGAUGAGAGAUACGAGCCGGAGGACAGGGUCUAUUCCGCCAUCAUCCAGCACGCCGCGGCGCUCACAAUUGCCAAAGUCAUUGGCAAGCGCCUGGAUGUUGGUGGUCUGACUGUAUUUUGUCAGGACCCAAUAUACAAUGACGCUGAUAAGCGUCUGCUGGCCGAAGUCGGCAUCCAGGUCGUGGGUGGCCGUGGCGGCCUCGGGUUUACGUAUAUCGAUGAGAAUACCGUUGUGUUCAGCUGCCACCCUAAUAUUCCUGUGAAGCAAGUUGUUGCUGACCUGGGCAAGCCUGCUAUCUUGAUCUGCAACGAGGUCAAAGAGGAGGGCGAAGAGAAGUGGAGGGUGUUUGAGAGAGACGGUAACUUCGGCCUACUCUCACCCUACUCGACCGAUCACGACUCCCCACGUACGCGAGAGAUGGUCAAGGGGUAUCAUAGAUUCCCGUUUCCCCAAGAUCGCCUGGGAUUUGGCGACAUACAAAUUUACGUCCGCAAAGAUCUGAUUAACGAGGCAUCCAGCAGCAUAACCCAUGAGGCUGCUAAGGACGUCACUGGCGUGGCUGCCAAGGACACUUCAGGUGAAAGCUCGAAUGGCAUCGCUGGCGGUGUUCCCAAAGACGCCAAUGCUGAGGCUCCUGAGGAGGCCACCGACACGUAUCCCAAGGGCAUCACCAUCGAGACUUCUAAGAGCAUUGCCGACGAGGCCCCCAAGGACUCUGCACGUGAAACCCCUCAAGGAGUCGCCGACGAGGCUCUCGAGUAUGCCACUGGCGAUACUACCAAGAACGCCAGCGGCGUGAUUUUCAAGGACAUCACCUGGGAGGCUGCCAAAAACAUCACUGAUGAGGCUGCCACGGACGCUGGAGGCGAGUCCCCCAAGGGCGUCACCAGCGAGACUUCUAAGGACGUUAUUGGCAAGGCUUGCACGGACUCGUCUGGCUGA